AGCUCUCACAGCCCUAGCCAGGAGUCUACUGACUGCGUACCUGUGCACUUUGGAUUUUUUCUACUACUGCACCUGGGGGAAAGACAAACUCAAGAACACUACAAUGGCCCUCUCACUGCACAUCCUGCUGGCUCUCACUGUGCUCAGCCUGUCCCUGCAGGACGGAGCCGGAAUCCCUCUACCGGGACAGUCCCAGCUCAGCGCCGAGCCCGCCCCGCACCGGGUGCGUACCAAACGCUGCUCCUGCAACAACGAGCUGGACUCGGAGUGCCACUACUUCUGCCACCUGGACAUCAUCUGGGUCAACACGCCCAGUAAGAUGACCAUCUACGGCCUGGGCAGCCCCCUGUCCCGACGCCGUCGUUCCACGGGACGCUGCGCAUGCGCCAACCCCGCCGACCGCACCUGCGACACCUUCUGCCACAACAGCUCGGAGAAUGCCGCUCUGCUGCUGGUAAACCCUUCCACUCAGUCCUGGGACUCAGCAGACAGAAGAACAAGCCCUGACCUGCUGGCCUCCCUCAGGAACGUGGUCCGAGCCAACACGCUGGCGGCCGAGCUGGGCAUCUCCCCGAGGAAGAAACCGGCCAGGUCCCGCAGGCCUCGCAACAGAUAGAGCUCCCGCGAGACGCCGACAGAAGCGCGAGCACCUGAUCAAAAAAGACGUCCCAGAGGAGGGACCCGAACGGUCCUCUUUUGGGGAGGUCUCCAUCCCGGGCCAACCCGGGAAACAGAACAAAGAACCAGGGAGAUGAACUGUGAGAGGGAGAGGGGGGUUACCCCAGGAUCUGUCCCCCCCCGACAUCGUCACCCUGACGGUCGGCAAACCAGAGAUCGGAGCACAAUGAAUGG